GUGCCAAAGGCGGGCAAGUUUCCUCCGUAUUCCCGCCCCUUUUCCUCCUCAUCAUCCUCCUACUCUUCGUUUGCGGCUGUCCACAUUCCUGCUGGUCGCUAGCCCCUUCCCUCCUUCACCGAAGCCUUGUGACGGCGAAGCUAGGCCGACAAAGUCCGGGAGAGAAUGGCGUCAGGCGUGACCGUUAACGACGAGGUGAUCAAAGUGUUCAACGACAUGAAGGUGCGCAAGUCGCACCGGUCGCCAGAGGAGGUUAAGCAGCGCAAGAAGGCGGUCCUCUUCUGCCUCAGCGACGACCGCAAGAAGAUCAUCGUGGAGGAGGGCAAACAGAUCCUGGUGGGCGACAUAGGCGAGACGGUGGAGGAUCCCUACGCCUGUUUCGUCAAGCUCCUCCCCCUCAACGACUGCAGAUACGGACUGUACGACGCCACCUAUGAGACCAAGGAGUCCAAGAAGGAAGACUUGGUCUUCAUCUUCUGGGCUCCUGAGGGCGCACCGCUUAAAAGCAAAAUGAUAUAUGCCAGCUCCAAGGACGCCAUAAAGAAAAAGUUUACAGGCAUCAAGCACGAGUGGCAGGUGAACGGACUGGACGAUAUCCAGGACCGCACCACGCUGGCCGAGAAGCUGGGCGGCAACGUGGUGGUGUCGCUGGAGGGGAAGCCACUGUGACAUGGCCCGGCCGCCGCGCCAUUCGGACCCGCCACCGCUUGCCGUUUGUGUCCGUGCCGUCGAGGAGUUUAGGCCCGCCAUGUUUAUCUUUUGGUUUGUUUUCGCUUUUUUUGUUUGUUUUUUCGUCCCCGGAAUGGAGGAGGAGCUCGUUAAAGUUCAAAUAUGCAAACCCCUCCCACUUUGACGUCGACCCGGCGGGAAAGGUCGUCUCCGAGCGUUGCCAAAAAAAAAAAAAAAAAAAAAACGGGCCUUUUUUUUUUUGUCGGUUUGUUUUUUACGUGACUAAUUUAUUCCGGUGCAUCGCCACGCGGAUCGAUGGCACGGUUAGCUGUUAGCUCUCUCCCGUUUUCCUUUGAAUGUAACACGUCGUCGGAGUGCACUUUGGUUUUGGAAGCCCAGCCCCCAAAUCCCCGGCGCGAGACGACCGAGCCCCGCCCCCCGCGGAGAUGCCGAGAACGUCGCGCCAUCCGCAGCCUUAAAGUGGAACCUUGUUUGUGACCUCGCAGGAAGCCGCUCUGCAAUAAAAGCCUGUGGCCCCGCC